ACCGGAGCAAGUCUCAUUAUUGCACUACUGUUCGUCGAUUUCGUGAAUCAGUCUUGGAAAGUCUCCCACGCACCCUGGGCAUGAUCCGUAGCAAACAUCUCCGUUAGCCAGGCCGCUGGGUGAGUUGACGCGACCUCGUGGGAGUCGUCUGCAAUAGCUGCUCAUUGUGUCCAGGUUUGUGGCGUUCAAGCAAAGCAAGCCCAUGGAUUCUUUGAGAAGCGACUUGUCUUCUCUCCUCGCAAGCAAUCCGUAGUCCUCCCCAGCGAGACUGCCAUGUCGGCGUCGACAAUACCUCCAAGCGGCCUCACCCUGCAUGGACUCACGAAUGGGGCCGAAGCCUCGAAGCACACUUCCACGACCGCUAUCCUAUUCAAACUCAGUGAGCAUGUGCUCAAAGAUGUCAAGUCAGCUGCGAAUGUGCAGGGUGGCCUGCAGCUCGUCACCGGCACGACUCCAAAAAUACGCCUUGGAAAGCGGACAAUAGACCUGACUAUUUCCCCCGAGGCAUUCCGGCAUGAAUUGUACUCGGCUUCCACUGAGUCGAUACACGAUCUCAAAUUCACUGGGCUUGUUGGACAUCGAGCUGAAGUGACGGUGUCGAAGAGAAAGCAGAGCCUAGGUCCAGAUGCAGCAUUGGCAGCUUUGCAGAACACGCUCGCUGCAGCCAAGCAGGAACGGCAAGCGAAAUCGGUCAACAUUAGCAACGCCAUUGUUCGUGAG